CGCUAUUCGAUUGUUAAAUUUAAUCGGGAGCAGGUGCAACUUGUUCGUCUGCAAGCAAAGGCUCUUCUUCACGACCCUGAUCUUUAAUAUAUCAGGAGCAAGAGGCUACAGCUUCGCAUCACUCAGAACCAGCUGCAGUAAAAGCUUUUUCUUAUACUAAAUACUGGAAAUGGGCUAUGACGAGAAAAUUCGCAUCAUUUCCACAGAAACUAUCAAACCAUCUUCUCCAACUCCGAGCCACCUCGCCAAAUUCAAUCUCUCCCUCGUCGAUUACUACACGGUUGACGCAGCUUAUAUGCCCCACGUCUUCUUCUAUCCGGCCCACGGUUCGAAAUCUUCAGAAACAGAUCAGAGGCUCCAGGCCCUGAAAUCUUCACUAGUCCAGGCCCUGGCCCGCUUCUACCCGCUGGCCGGGCGGUUGUCGGCCCAGAAUCAUGUGGGUCGUCCGGCCCAUUCAAUCAUCCAUUGCAACGACGAGGGCAUUCCUUUCUCUACGGCCCGUGGCAGCUUGGAUUCACCCAUGACUCUGUUUCUCGCCAGGGGACCCGACGCCGACUCACUCGAGCAAUUCCUCCCCUUUCCGGCGGCGCGGCUCCUCACGGCGGCGGAUAUCGAAUCCGCGCCGCAAUUCGUCGCCAGAGCCACAAUUUUCCCCUGUGGCGGGAUCGCCGUUGGGAUCUGCGCGCUCCACAAGAUCAUGGACGCGCACACCGUCGCCAAUUUCAUGAACCUCUGGGCCGCCGUCGCCCGCGGGCAGGGGAGCAGUGAAGUAGGCGCUGCCACCGCAGCUUACGCUCACUACCGCGCGGCCACGUCGUUGUUUCCGCUGAAUCGGCACGAUGUGGGGCCUGUACCCGUGAAUUCAGGAUGUGAGGAAGGGAAGAAGAUGGUGACGAGGAGGUUCGUGUUUGAUGGGGAAGCCAUUUCCGCCCUGAAAUGCAGAGGUAGGAGCGACCCAGUCCCCAACCCGACCCGAUCCGAGGUGGUUGCCGCGUUCAUGUGGAAAUCUGUAGUCAACGCCACCGCUGAAGCGGUAAAGUCAACCGACGGUGGCAAGGCAAAGCCGAUAACGGUUCAGGGAUUGAUGAAGAUGAAGAAGAGGAAACUCAGCCCCAGCAACAGCAACGGUCAACUGCAGAACAAGUGAAGAAGAGGAAGAUUCAAACAACUCUACCAAAACGCAGCAGCAAAGGGAGUGGAGGAUAAAACGACAGCGCUGCA